UUCUGGACUCCUUCGAAGCUUCUGAGCGGACGGCCCGGACGCCUCCAUCAUGGCACCGAGGAAAUUCUUCGUGGGCGGGAACUGGAAAAUGAAUGGCGACAAGAAGAGCCUUGGGGACCUCAUCCAGACUCUCAACGAGGUUAAGGUCCCUGCAGAGACCGAGGUGGUUUGUGGUACACCUUCCAUCUACCUUGACUUUGCCCGUCAGAAACUUGAUGCCAAGAUUGGGGUGGCUGCACAGAAUUGUUACAAGAUGUCUAAAGGAGCUUUCACAGGGGAAAUCAGCCCAGCCAUGAUAAAAGAUGUUGGUGUCACCUGGGUGAUCUUAGGACACUCUGAGAGAAGGCAUAUCUUUGGCGAGUCAGAUGAGCUCAUUGGACAGAAGGUGGCCCAUGCCUUGUCUGAAGGGCUCGGGGUCAUUGCUUGCAUUGGAGAGAAACUUGAUGAGCGAGAGGCUGGUAUCACAGAGAAGGUGGUAUUUGAACAGACCAAGGCUAUUGCUGACAACGUGAAGGACUGGAGUAAAGUGGUUCUUGCCUAUGAGCCAGUUUGGGCCAUUGGAACUGGUAAAACUGCAACUCCCCAGCAGGCUCAGGAAGUUCAUGAGAAAUUGAGGAACUGGCUGAAGACCCAUGUUUCUGAUGCUGUUGCACAGUCAACUCGAAUCAUCUAUGGGGGUUCUGUUACUGGUGCCAACUGCAAAGAAUUGGCCUCUCAGCAUGAUGUAGAUGGCUUCCUUGUUGGCGGGGCUUCCCUGAAGCCUGAAUUUGUAAACAUCAUCUGUGCAAAACAGUGAAACCUACUCUACAGAAUCUGUAAUUUAAAAAAAGGGGGUGGGGGGAGAACCAACCCUAGCUGGAAGAGAAAUACUGUAAAAGAUACACUGCACUCAAGUGAAAUGGCCUCACCCUCAAUCCCUUUUCCCACUUUUGCUAUUAAUCAUUCAAUUCUGCUGUUAAACAUGAAUGCCAAUAUAUUAAUAUUGUGUUCCCUCAUAAAAGCAAUACGUUGUUCGCUUCCUCUGCACUUGUGAGUGGGACUUCCUGCCUUGCUCUUAGUCCCUAUAAGCUAGUCAGGGGCCUGUUUUCUUUCCACUCUGUUCUUUCCACUCUCUAAAAUAUUGCUCUAGAGGGCCACCUCCCUUGCUAAGGAAGGGGUCUACUUCAUGGUUCAUCUAAUUUGGAUUCAGUGCCUGGUGGCUUGUAUUGCCUGUAAGUGGUAUAUUUCUUCCAUGUCUCCUAGACCAUCAGUAACUAGAAAUAAACAAAUGGAAAGUA